GCAACGAACUGGAAGAACAGAGAAAAAUGGCGAGGGCGGUGGCCGUAACGCUUCCGUUUCUGUUCAUCCUCGUUGCCGCCAUUGCCGAGCAAUCAAGAGCCCUCACUGUCCCUCCGCAACUGUACGACUUCCCGCAGGCAAUCAUUGCCUACAAUAACGAACCUCUCGUUUCCCCAUCCGCUUCCCCUCCCUUUUCCUCCCUCCGAUCAGUCUCGCCGUCGCCCUACUCGAUCUCCCCGUUCCCAGCCUCCGCGCCGCUAGUUCCUGCGUUCUUCGUAAUCGGCGACUCCGCAGUCGAUUGUGGCACCAACAACUAUCUGGGGACCUUCGCGCGCGCCGACCGCCCUCCCUACGGCAGAGACUUCGACACGGGCAGGCCCACUGGAAGGUUCUGCAAUGGAAGAAUCCCAGUCGAUUUUCUUGCACUGCGCCUAGGGCUACCAUUUGUUCCAAGCUAUCUUGGGCAGAAGGGAACUUUGGCAGAUAUGAUCCAUGGAGUGAACUAUGCAUCAGCUGGUGCUGGCAUUAUAUUCUCCAGUGGCUCAGAACUGGGUCAAAGGAUAUCCUUGACUCACCAAGUUCAGCAGUUCACCGACUCGUUACAAACGUUCAUCUUGAGCAUCGGUGAGCAAGCUACCGCAGAACUAGUCUCCAGCUCGGUCUUGUACAUCUCGAUUGGGAUCAACGAUUACAUUCACUACUACCUACCUAACAUCUCCAAUGUGCAAGACCUUUACCUCCCAUGGAGUUUUAACGAGUUCUUGGCAUCUUCAAUGAGCCAGGAAGUCAAGAACUUGUAUGAUAUGAAUGUGAGGAAGAUGGUGAUCAUGGGGAUGCCUCCAAUUGGGUGUGCACCUCAUUACCUCUGGAAGUAUGGAAGCAAGAAUGGAGAGUGUGUGGAGGAGAUAAACAACAUGAUUACAGAGUUCAACUUUCUUAUGAGAUACAUAGUAGAUCAGCUGCAGUACGAGCUCCCUCAAGCCCAGAUCAUAUUCUGUGAUGUUUAUGAAGGUUCCAUGGAUAUCAUUCAGAACCAUGCAAAUUAUGGGUUCACUGAGACCACAGAUGCUUGCUGUGGCUUAGGAAAGUACAAGGGUUGGGUUAUGUGCAUCGCACCAGAGAUGGCUUGCAGUAAUGCCUCCAACCAUAUCUGGUGGGAUCAAUACCACCCAACGGCUGCAGUGAAUUCCAUAUUGGCAGACAAUGUAUGGAAUGGCUUGCAUUCUCAGAUGUGCUAUCCCAUGAACUUGGAAGACAUGAUCUCUGCUAGACCGAAAUGAUAUGUUCUCGAAGCUUCAACAUUUGCUGGAGUAUGUGAAUAUUACUGUUGUCAUUGUCAUUUUGGUGAAAUUUACAUUGUUGUUGUUGUGUUGUUAAAGCUAACACAGAAACAUCACAUUCAUACAGAAGCACUGGGUCCAUGAAAAUUGGUGGAUUGUGUUGUAUAGAUCAGAUCUCACUGAUAUGUUACUUGUCGAUUAGUUUGUAAUUGUAAGAAAUGUGUACAUUUCAGUUCUGAAUAAAAAAA